AUGCACCACAGUGUGAAGAGAGGCCCAGAGGUGCACUCAAGCCGACCCCAGGUCCAGAUAGCCAUCUCUGGGGAAGCCUGGUUCCACGAACGGGGAGCGCCCUAUGGGCCCAGUCAAACACCCCAAAGCCUUCAUCCCCCAGCCUCCAUCCCCCAGCCUCCCUCCCCCAGCCUCCCUCCCCAUUCUCCAGACCCCAAGCCUCCAUCCCCCAGCCUCCAUCUCCUAGCCUCCAUCCCCCAGCCUCCAUCCCCCAGCCUCCAUCCCCAAAGCCUCCAUCCCCCAGCCUCCAGCCCCCAGCCUUCAUCCCCCAGGCUCCAUCCGCCAGCCUCCAUCCCUCAGCCCCCAGCCUCCAUCCCCCAUUCUCCAUCCCCCAGCCUCCAUCCCCAAGCCUCCAUCCCCCAAGCCUCCAUCCCCAGCCUCCAGCCCCCAGCCUCCAUCCCCCAGCCUCCAUUCCCCAGCCCCCAGCCUCCAUCCCUCAUUCUCCAUCCCCCAGCCUCCAUCCCCAAGCCUCCAUCCCCCAGCCUCCAUCCCCCAGCCUCCAUCCCCCAGCCUCCAUCCCCCAAGCCUCCAUCCCCCAGCUCCAGCCCCCAGCCUUCAUCCCCCAACCUCCAUCCCCCAGCCUCCAGCCCCCAGCCUCCAUCCCCCAGCCUCCAGCCCCCAGCCUCCAUCCCCCAAGCCUCCAUCCCCCAAGCCUCCAUCCCCCAGCCUCCAUCCCCCAGCCUCUAG